AUGGCUUCUAACCAACCCGGAAAGUGCUGCACCGUCGGUGUCCGCCACGAAGGCGAGCCCACUGGCAAGAUGAUCAAGCUUCCCAGCGGCAUUGACGCAUACAUUGCUACCGCCCCCGAGGGCAAGGCUCACCAGGGCGCCGGAAUUGUUUAUGUUGCUGAUAUCUUUGGUAUCUGGAACAACAGCAAGCUCAUGGCCGACCAAUUCGCCGCCAACGGGUACACCACCAUCAUUCCCGACCUUUUCAACGGCGAUGUCCUGGAAUACCCUCCCGUGGGCGUCGAUAUCAUGAGCUGGAUCAUGAACGGUGCCAAUGGCGAUAACCCUCAUACUCCUGCUCAGAUUGACCCUAUUAUUGUUGAGUCUAUCAAGUAUCUCAAGGAUCAGGGUCUUGACAAGAUUGGAGGUGUCGGAUACUGCUUCGGCGCCAAGUACGUUAUUCGCAACUACAAGGAGGGCAUCAAGGUCGGCUACGUCGCCCACCCCUCUUUCGUAGAGGAAGAUGAACUCCGAGCUAUUGAAGGACCCCUGUCCAUCGCAGCGGCGCAGACCGACAGCAUUUUCCCCGCCGAGAAGCGACACCGCUCCGAGGAGAUUCUGAUCGAGACUGGCAAGCCUUUCCAGAUCAACCUGUACUCUCACGUUGAGCAUGGAUUUGCUGUGCGUAGCGAUCUUAAGGAUAAUGCUAAACGAUUUGCCAAGGAGCAGGCUUUCCUUCAAGCUGUUCAGUGGUUUGAUGAGCACCUUAUUUAA